UGUAUCAUUUGAAAGACACUAUUAAUUAUACUCAGAAGAACAAGUGUGAAGUUAAAAAUAUCCGCUGAUAGAAAUUCAGUGUAAAUUAUUUUUAAAGGGAAAUCUCAUUUUCUGUUACCAAGCGACGUCACUUCCGGAAUGAAAGUGGGGUGAGCAAAAUGACAGCUGGUUGUUUUCAUGAAGAAGGGGAUUUCAAAGUGGACAUUGAAGUGUCAUGUGGUGAACUCCUACAGAGUCCUCCCUGCCCCGGCCUCUACAGACCAAAUCCUGACAACUGACCACAGAGGCUCCAGCAUUUCAUCAGGGGACACGUGUCAGCCCCAUCAGCAACUCUGGACCUGCAUCAGGCCUCUUCCUCUGACAGGCCCUCAAUGCAGACACCGAAGGAGACAGAGAGAAGUGAAAGUGGUCAAAUCGAGGGGUGCAUCACUUCAGGUGAGGGGGAGGCCAUGUACCAGGACAUAUCCAUGGAGCCACAGGAGGACAACGAUGGCCGUACCUUUGUGGAGGUGAUCAGUGAAAAGUACAGUCCAGAUAACUUUCCAUGCCGCAGAGGACCUGGUAUGGGGGUGGUGGUCGUGCCCACCGCACGUCCUCAAGGUUCCCCUUUGAAAGAACGUCUGAACCUGCCCAGUGUGCUGGUGUUAAAUGGCUGCGGCAUCAGCCGGGCAGGAGACCAGACGGGGAUCGCUGCCUUCUGUGCUCAUGUCAGGGAGCUGGACCUGUCCCAUAACAAGCUGCAGGACUGGAACGAGAUCAGUAAAAUUGUGUCCAACAUCCCAAAGCUGAAGUUCCUGAACCUGAGCUCCAACCCCCUAGCAGGAAUGACCCUCGAGCCACGGUGCACCGAAGCCUUUUGCCGCAUCCGUCGUCUUGUCCUUAACAACACCCAAGUGUCCUGGGACACCGUACUGCUUCUCAUUCGGGAGAUGCCUGAGCUGGAAGAGUUGUUCCUGUGCCUUAAUGAGUACAGAAGUUUGAGUGCCUCCGGUGUGGCCUGUCCCAGCCUGUGCCUGCUUCACAUCACCGACAACAGCCUCCAGGACUGGGCCGAAGUCCGCAAGUUCGGCCCCAUGUUCCCCAGCCUCGACACGCUGGUCAUGUCCAACAACAACUUGGCAUCCAUCCAGGACAACGAAGACGUCCUGCAGCGUCUCUUCCCCAACCUACGCAGCAUCAACCUGCACAACUCAGGUCUAAACCGAUGGGAAGACAUUGAGAAGUUGAACUUCUUCCCCAAAUUGGUGGAGGUGCGACUGCAGGGCAUUCCCUUACUGCAGACCUACACCAACGUAGAGAGACGCAGCCUCAUGAUAGCACACCUUCCUGCAAUAUCACAGCUCAACGGCAGUGUUGUGACAGACAGUGAGAGAAUAGAUGCUGAGAGGUUCUUCAUCCGUUACCACUUAGACUACCCUGAAGAGGAGCUGCCUUACAGAUAUCAUUCGCUGGUAACCAAGUAUGGGAAGCUAGAACCACUUGCAGAGAUUGACCUCCGACCUCGCUGCCGUGCCCAGGUGGAGGUUCACUGUGAAGAAAAAGUGGAACAGCUAAACAUCCGCUUGGACCAGACAGUAGCUGGGCUGAAGAAGCAGCUGACAAAAGUGGUCCAGCUGUCCACGAAUAGGAUGAGGCUCUACUACAUCGACAAGAACAGUGCCUUUGGUCCAGAGGAAAUGAAGUACAACACCCGGGCCCUCCACUCCUACAGCAUCCAAGAUGGUGAUGAAAUACUGGUGGUACCCAAGACAAAAUGAACAGCCGGUGUCAAACUGGCUGAUGAGAGUGACUACUUUAUUGAUUGAUUGAUUGACUGAUUCAUUUGAUUAUUUAUUUUCUGGUUAAUGGCUUUGCAUAACAAUUGGAAUAUGCAUGAUCAGCAUCACUGGCCCACUUGUUUGAACGGAGAGAAGUUAUACGUGGUUCGAACACAUUCACAGGGACUGUUAAGUGGACUAUGAUGCUGGGAGGCUCUGGCUGAAAAAGCUGCCAGUCUGGAGCUUAUUGGGUCUUUAUUAAAUUCAGCUUCACAUGAGGGAAUCCACCGGAGUUAGUGCAAAAAUCUUUCAUGAUGGAGAACAGGCCAAGAGAGUGGCACGAAGUCAGUUAGUUAGAAGGGCGCCAGCGAAGCUCACUGCAGCUCUGUAUCUUAGUACAUGGCUUGUACCAUAGCGCCUUUGUAAUCAAGUAUCCAACACCACUGGCUUUCCCGCUCAUCGCAAAAGCUACCAGUGGUAGUAGUGACACAGUGCUGCUGACUGAAGUUCUCAAUUGCACUUUUUGUUUAGUCACAAAAUCAGGAAGGACAAUGUCUGUGAAAUGAAAAAUCUGCCUACACAACUUCUAAAUGUCAGGAAUGGGGGAACAACUGGGAGUUUUGUUUUGUUGUUAGUCAGGGUUUUCCUUUGUAUUUUUUUGUAUAAUUUUGGAUAUGAUAUCUUUAAUAUUUUUGUGAAGUAACCACAGAGUCAAAGAGCAAUGGAUUAACAUACAUGAGAUUCAGCUAUCGAUGACAUUUCUUAUUGAAUAAGUUGAUUUAGAAUAGUUUGCUUCAAAUCACUACUUGUCUUAUAGGGCAAAAAGGUCCUAAAACUAAUCUGCGAGAAAGUAAAUACAGUGGGAAAAACAACAACAACAGAUGAACUUAAGAGAAGAUGGCAGGACAUAAGAAGAGGAACUAAAGAACAAAUUGCUCAUAAUAAAACUUCGGCAAAUAAACCAGGUGUGGGGGGGGGGUGUCAGUGGAAGAGAUGCCUCUGACCAAUAUUGCGCAGCAGGUGCCGUUCACUUUCUGAAAAAAACACUUCUGUCUGUCUUCUUCCUGCCGUAUCCUUCUCACCACAAUCACUGCAGCCAUCUCUGCGCAACGCUGUGCCGAUUAGCACCUUUACCGUAUUAAAUAUAGACGCAGUCACAAGCAGCGCAAUUAUUUUCAGGCUUUGUAAAUCACAAUGCGUGUGCUAAAUUAGGCAAUCAAGUUUGCACAAAUGCGCAAAACUUUGGCAGAUCAGGUCCUCAGUGAAUAAACACUGGAAUUCACUGGCAUACUGGACCAUGAUUGGCUUCCAAACUAGUUGCUAUGUCAAAAUCAUGCUGUACAAACACGUGUUAAACUGAUUUAUGGCGAGCUCAGAAGAACUGGGCACCUUCAGCAGAUGAAUAUGAAAACAGUAAUUCGCAUGUCAAACUUUGCACAGUGAAUGUCAAACAUCUGAAUGAAGUAUCAAUAUGUUAAUCCCAUUAUUGAAGAAAAGGAGACAAUGAUUUAAAAUGGCUUCAUAAUACGUGUAAUAAUCACUAACCAUUCAUAUCUAAUAGUAUUAAGACACUCUAAAGGUUGAUGUUUGCAUCACUGGCCAAGAUUUAUUGUUACUAAUUUUCCUUUUUAAAAAACUGAUACCAUGUGCUGCCUUCUAGAGGCUUCUUCUAUGUCUUCAACAAAAAUUUUGUUCAGCCAAUAAGUAACCUCUGUAGAACAUACACAGACACACACACAAACACACACACACACACAUAUUACUAUUCCGUGGGGCUUAUUAUUACAAUUCCAACCCUAACAUUCAAAACCUCUUCACCCUCAAACAGCCAUUUGAAGAAGUGACAACCGGCCAAAUGUCCUCAAUUUCCAAAAAUGUCCUCACUUUGUACAGUCUAUGCUUAAAAUGGUCCUCACAAAGGUACAAGUACAGGAGCCAACACAUAUUCUUGUCUUUCUUCGGUUGUGAGGACACCCAUUGGCAUAAUAAUCUAAAUCUUAAAACCAAGGCUUUGUUCAAAAUCACCCUCUCCUUCUCUAACCCCUACUCAUUAUAUAGCAACUUCUAUGAGGAAGACAAUUGGAUAAUUAUAAUGCAUUGUGAUAUACAAUAAGUCCAAUGUUUGAUAAAGCACUACAAAAUGCCUAUUUCACUAUAUAGAAGAAGAAAGAGGGGAUUUUAGGGGCGAAAUUCCCCCCAAAACACUAUAUUCCCAACAAUAUUUCAAGUCAAGUACAGAGUAGGGUACCUGAAAAACAAUCUCUUUAAAGUAAUAUAUAUCUACAUUUUAAAAUAUCCUUGUUGGUAUUCAGACCAUCCUGCUUCACUUCAACACAUUCUGAAGCACAGAGAGGUCAAGAGCUUUUCAUUAGCUUUCUCUCCAUUUUAAUGAAACAACAUGGUUUUGACAUUUCCUCUGGUUAGUUUUAAGUACACAUGGCGAUGUUAUCUACCAUGUGUUUAGCAUUUUACCAGUUCCAUGUUGUUAGAAUGCAUUUAUGAAGAUAGUGUUUCAUGUUUUUUAAAUGCUUAUCUUUUUCUUAUGGAAGUUGUAUCAUCGCGUGAUUUCAACUUUUUGUUUUAUGGUUAUUUGGAUUGUAUUCAGUGUUUAUCUAUCUACUAUUUAUUUAGAAUCUUCAACUUAUGACAAGUAAGCCUUAAAGAGAUGCUGAUCUCAGCGUAAUGCAUUCAUGUGCAUUUUGUCAUGAGCUUGAGAGCUUUUACCAGAAAGCUAGUGUUACAAACUGAAAUUGUGAGGUUUGAAAGAUGUGGGUAUUAAGGCAGAGUGUGAUAGGUUAUAACAGUUGUAUUAUAGGAAAUGAGGGAACCAUACAAAGGACUUAAACUUAAUAUAUGUUGCACACUGCUGCUGAAAUUACCUUUUUUGAGUUAGUUUGAGUCCAACCACUUUAAAGAAGCACUAUUUCUUGAGGGCCCCUAUUUAAACUGCACACUAUUGUAUUAAUUCACUACAUUAGUGUUUCAUGUCCCACACAAAUAUAUUUUACAUCUCAGUCCAUGCAGAAAUACCUUCUCCAAAGAUGACUCAGUAGGUUGUUAUUGUUGUAAUGUAUUAAUUUUAAUAUGCAGCAUCCCCCUCACGCAAGAGGAAGAUGGAUGUAGGAUGUUUGGUGUUAUUGCUUUUUCCUAUAGCAAGCAACUUAUCAGAGCAGGGGAUUCCUGACACAGUAUUAUGGCAAAGGAAACAGCUGACAAGACAAAUCCACAAAAUAAAGUAAUCAUAUUGAGUCGCUGCAGCUUCAAUUCAUUCAAUGUGGAUAGAAAGUAGUGUUUUUACCCUUCAAAGGUAUCAUAUGUAUACUAUAAAAGUAUUUAAAUACCACAAUAUUUCAAAUAUACUAUUAUGUAGUAUUUGUAUGACACUGCUGCUCUACUUGAUCAUUGAAAGGUGUGAUAGACUGAAGGCGUAGCAGCGAGCAGGUCAGAUGAAAAGACACUGAAAUCUUUUUCGACUCAUUAUAGUAGUGCAGAAAACAUGCAGGUUAGUGUAGCAUGAACCACAGCCAUAGAGACCAGCAGGGUAGUGAUGGCAUCAAGAUCCAAGUUUGAAGUGUUGAGCUAUAGUGUCGGUCCUUAUCAGUGCAGGGUUUGUCUAUGUGCACUAUGCAGAUUGAUUUAAAGGUGUGCCUGUUUUUUCGUGUACUGGUUUGUUGUUUUGUGAGGAACGUGGCUCUGCCUGAUGAUAUAUUUAUGGAUUAAUGCACUUGAUGGAACUUUGUUCGACAUUAAGGCAGAGGGAAAUAUUUUAAGUCUCGGUGUAAAUUUAUUGGUUAACUGUUGAGUUAAUAUAGAUUUUGUUAUGAUGUUAUUUAUCAUGUCUCUUGCUUACUUCCCUUUGUAUAGCCCUUAAAGCCAUUUCAUAGACCUUAAAGCCCCUAGAAUUUAUAUUUUUGGUUUGAAGUAUUCAAUUUUUUUGUCAUUUUCGAUUAAUGGCUAAUUAAGCGUCAAUGAGAGUUAUGAUUUAUAUUUAAGAGUAUAAUAUUCUAAAAACUCAGCCAAUCUGCCUGAUCAGGACUGUGUGAGAGAGGUUUGACCUGAAAUGUUGUGGAUUCUUUCUCGAACCAUCCACCAGGGUUCGUGAUAAUCCAUCCUGCAGAUUUUACAUUAUCUUGCUUGCAAACAUACAAACAAACGGACAGGGGUGAACACAACCUCAUUGGCAGAGUUAAAAACCAACAAUGAAGAAAAACAGUGUUGAUCCCAUCGCUCACAGCAAGACAAAUUGGUUUUCAGGCCUUUACCAGAAAGUGCCACCCUAAUACCCUUUUAACAGAAGCUAUUGGAGAUGUGCUGUUUGGUUGUUCCUUCUGUUGUGUUUUUAGCCAUGCUGUUCCUCUGCAGUACAGGUCAGCUCAAAAUAAAGGUCACUCAGCUAAAACAUGAGCAGCAGUGCAGCCGGUAAUCGAUCACUCAGCAAUCCUUCAGGGAGAUACCCAUUUCAGAGGCAGAGGUAAUAACUCCACCAGCAGUACAGUCACAAGACAAGUCCUGCUUCAGGGCCGAGUCAGAAGUGACUGUUCCUUGUGAAAACUCUUAAUAAUCAAAAUCACGAUUGCUUAUUGUUUAUUUUCUAUAUAGGACAUUUAAAGGAAAUAGGCUCAUUGUUUUUCUAGCUUAGAAUUCAAUGAAAAGAUAAAGAACAAUCGUAUAUUUGUGAAAAAGUAUAAGCUACUACAAAAUAUGCUUACAAUUUCUUUAACAUCUAAUACCUCUUUUGUUUUAAUCUCUAUAAAAAGGGUAGUUUAAACAAGCUUUGGUUGUAUGUGCUGGGCCAGGCUUUGUCUUGGCUUUGAAAUAUCCUGGUUGCCUCCUAUAAUAUUGGAACUUAUUUUUUAUACACUUAGCAGUGAUCUGUUGACGUGCUGCAGGGUGAAACUUGUUUUCACACGGAGCCAGGCGUGUUGUUAGUAGUCCUGAGCUAUUUGAAAGUUUUUCUGUGCUAAGCUAUGCUAACUGCUGAUUGGUGUAGCCUCAUAUUAGCUGUGUCUCAAUUCAGGGGCUGAAUUAUUUUGGCCCACUAAUACUUAGUUGACCUCGAAGACCAAACUGAAGUAAUACUGGUCUACAGAGGAUUUCCAUGAUUGACAUCACCAGCUCAUCCCGCCUUUACUGGUGUUGCCUAGCAACAGAGCUGAAGUUGGGCACGAUGAUAAAAUGUUAAUGCUGUUUGUUUUUUUAACAUGUAUACCUUUAGCUGUUCGGUUAAGUUGAAUUGUGAUACUCAAGUAUCAGACAUCAUGUCGCUUGCCAGUGCCAUUAGCUCUUUGAAAAAUGGUUUGUUACUGAAGUGCAUUGAAUCCUGGAAUAGUUUGGGCCGGGAAGGAUCCAUCUAUUGGAGCCUUAAUUUCUCGGGGAUGGAAGGAUGCAGUAAUCAACCGCAUUUUAAGUGCAGCCUCUGAAGGAUGCAGCCACUGAAUUGAGACACUCAUCUGACUCUCUCCUGAGCAAUGGAUAGGCUUAUUUUCCAAAAUAUUUAACUACUGAUUUAAGUUCAAAGAAGUCAUUAAGGAUGACAAAAUGCAUUUAAAGGUUCAGUGUGUAGAAUUUAGUGACACUAGUGGUGGAGUUGCAUGUUGCAUCUUAAUACGCCUCACCUCACCCUCCAUUUCAAAAUAUGAAAGAACCUGUGAAAGCCUUCAGUUGUCAUAAAAACUCAAAGAGUGUUUAGUUUGUCCAGUAUGGGCUACUGUAAAAAAAACAUGGCGGCCUCCGUAGAUAGGACUCACACCUGGUGAAAAAUAUAAAGUAUUUAAAUAUAAAAUGUCCAUUCUAAGGUAAAGACACAACAGUUUGAACAAUUCAGCUGAAACACACUAGUGGAAACACCAUUGGGAUUAUUUUAUAUUCAAUUUCUUCCAAUCAAUCCCUUUCACCUAAAUCUUACACACUGGAUUUCAAAAACGAAAAUAGAAGAUAUGACAAAACAAGUUGAUGAAAUACCUCCUGAAGAUCAACUGAUUGUGGAGAGCAAGAGAACAAAUGAGAAGAAGAAAAUUUUCGGUAAAAUUUUAACAACCUCUCACAGUAAUAAAUGUAUAUUGUGACUGUAACAGAAAUGCAACUCUGGUAGCUUUCGAACUGCACAUUAUAUUUGAAUGGAAACCCAACUAUCUAAACAGCUACUCUGGAUGUAUCCUUUAGUACACUGCUUGAGUUAUCAUCUGCCUCUAAAAGUGGUGCACCAGUGCUCAGCUGUAUCUCAGAAGUCCGUGUUUGUCUUUGAUUAUGUAUUGUAGAUUUUGGUUAGACUGAAUGUUGACGACGCCAAGAUUUCACCACUGCUCAGACCUAAACACCAGUGCUUAAGCUAAUCAGCUCACCCAGCUAUGUACCUGCUCAUGAUCUGUGGAAUUUAAAGCAUAAUAACUUUUGUAGGAACCUAUAUGAAGUAUCAAAUGGAAAAGAAUGAGUCAUCUUUGCUUAUGUUAGUAUGUGUAGAGGAAGAUGUGUCACUGAACGGUAAUAAAUGGAAUUCUCCUGA